CCCAUCCCACACCCAACACAUGAGGUUGUCCACUCUGCUCCUGCUUUCCUCACUGCUCAAUCAUCAGACUGCCCCCCACUUCACAUCAGCCUCUACAGCUUCCUCAUCCAGAGCUUAGAGCUUCCCAAUCCUUCUCCCCACCCCAUCACAUUGCCCACCACCCCCUACCACAUUCUCUAUGAGGCAAAUCCCACCUACUUCCUCUCCUUCUGUGCUGCCCUUUACUCCAGCUUUGUCUGCCUCUCCUCUACCCCCAUAGCAGAGGGCAACAUCUCCUCUCUUGGCAACUGGCUCCUCACCUUCCACUCUAAAUUCCUGGAGGAGUCAGAUCUCACAGCCAUCACUUCCUUCCUACAAGGCCUAACUUCACAUCCUGCCCUUGCCCCUCUCACACCCAAGACCAGCUCCUCCUCCUCUUCCAGUCCACAGAAAGUGCAAAAGUCCAUUGGCUAA